GUCGACAAUUCCUCUCUCACAGGAGAGUCGGAACCACAAACCCGGUCACCAGAAUUCACCAAUGACAAUCCGUUGGAGACUCGGAACAUCGCGUUUUUCUCGACAAACUGUGUGGAAGGGACGGCCCGGGGCCUGGUGAUCUUCACGGGGGAUAGGACGGUGAUGGGCCGUAUCGCCACGCUGGCGUCGGGGCUGGAGGUGGGCCAGACGCCCAUCUCGCUGGAGAUCGAGCACUUCAUCCACAUCAUCACGGGCGUCGCCGUCUUCCUGGGCGUCUCCUUCUUCGUCCUGUCGCUGAUUCUGGGUUACACCUGGCUGGAGGCCGUCAUCUUCCUGAUCGGCAUCAUCGUGGCCAACGUGCCCGAGGGGUUGCUGGCCACUGUCACGGUCUGCCUGACCCUGACCGCCAAGCGGAUGGCCCGGAAGAACUGCCUGGUGAAGAACCUGGAGGCGGUGGAGACCCUGGGCUCCACCUCCACCAUCUGCUCCGACAAGACCGGCACCCUGACCCAGAACCGCAUGACUGUCGCCCACAUGUGGUUCGAUAACCAGAUCCACGAGGCCGAUACCACCGAGGACCAGUCAGGCACGGCCUUCGAUAAGACCUCCCCAACCUGGGCUGCUCUCUCCAGGAUUGCUGCUCUCUGUAACAGGGCUGUGUUCCGACCCGGACAGGAAAAUAUCUCCAUCUCGAAGAGAGAGACAGCCGGUGAUGCCUCUGAGUCAGCCCUGCUGAAGUGCAUCGAGCUGUCGUGUGGCUCCGUGAGAGAGAUGAGGGAGAGGAACCCCAAAGUGACCGAAAUCCCGUUCAACUCCACCAACAAGUACCAGCUCUCCAUCCACGUGCUGGGCUCGGCCGAGGAGCGGGCCCACCUCCUGGUGAUGAAGGGCGCUCCCGAACGGAUCCUGGAUCGCUGCUCCUCCAUCCUCCUCCACGGCAAGGAGUGCCCCCUCGACAGCGAGAUGAAGGACGCCUUCCAGAACGCCUACCUGGAGCUGGGCGGCCUGGGCGAGCGGGUCCUGGGGUUCUGCCACCUGAACCUCCCGGUGGAACAGUUCCCGCCCGGAUAUGCCUUCGACACGGACGAGGUGAACUUCCCGACGGAGAAGCUCUGCUUCGUCGGCCUCAUGUCGAUGAUCGACCCGCCCCGGGCCGCGGUGCCCGACGCUGUGGGCAAGUGCCGCAGCGCUGGCAUCAAGGUCAUCAUGGUGACGGGAGACCAUCCAAUCACUGCCAAAGCCAUCGCCAAAGGAGUGGGCAUCAUCUCUGAGGGCAAUGAGACCAUUGAGGACAUCGCCCAGAGACUCAACAUCCCCAUCACACAGGUCAACCCCAGGGACGCCAAGGCCUGUGUGAUCCACGGGACCGACCUGAAGGACAUGAGCCCGGAAGAGCUGGACCAGAUCCUGGCCAAUCACACCGAGAUCGUCUUCGCUCGCACCUCCCCCCAGCAGAAGCUGAUCAUCGUGGAGGGCUGUCAGAGGCAGGGCGCCAUCGUGGCCGUGACGGGAGAUGGGGUCAACGACUCUCCCGCCCUGAAGAAGGCCGACAUCGGCGUCGCCAUGGGGAUCUCGGGCUCUGACGUCUCCAAGCAAGCGGCCGACAUGAUCUUGUUGGACGACAACUUUGCCUCGAUCGUGACGGGGGUGGAAGAAGGCCGCCUGAUAUUCGACAACCUGAAGAAGUCAAUCGCCUACACCCUGACCAGCAACAUCCCCGAAAUCACUCCAUUCCUCCUCUUCAUUGUGGCAAACAUCCCCCUACCCCUGGGCACAGUCACCAUCCUCUGCAUUGACCUGGGCACCGACAUGGUCCCCGCCAUCUCACUGGCUUACGAAGCAGCCGAGAGCGACAUCAUGAAACGCCAGCCCCGCAACCCGAAGACGGACAAACUGGUGAACGAGAAACUGAUCAGCAUGGCCUACGGCCAGAUCGGAAUGAUCCAGGCCCUGGGGGGAUUUUUCACCUACUUUGUCAUCCUGGCUGAGAAUGGCUUCCUGCCGUCGAAGCUCCUGAACAUCCGACUGGACUGGGACGAUCGCUCCAAGAAUGACUUGGAGGACAGCUACGGCCAGGAGUGGACCUACGAGCAGCGGAAGAUCGUGGAAUUUACGUGUCACACUGCCUUCUUUGCCAGUAUCGUGGUGGUCCAGUGGGCAGAUCUCCUCAUCUGCAAGACCAGGCGCAACUCCAUUUUCCAACAAGGGAUGAAGAACAAGAUCCUGAUUUUUGGACUGUUUGAGGAAACCGCCCUCGCAGCUUUCCUCUCCUACUGCCCAGGAAUGGACGUGGCGUUACGCAUGUACCCACUGAAGCUUCCCUGGUGGUUCUGUGCCUUCCCCUACAGCCUCCUCAUCUUCAUCUACGACGAGGUUCGGAAGUUCAUCCUCCGCCGCCGUCCCGGAGGUUGGGUCGAACAGGAGACCUAUUACUGAGGCAGUGUGCGUGUGUGUUCUCUUGGACAACUCUCCUCCUUUCAGCAGCAGCAGGAGACCAGUCACAAGCUUAGUGUGGUAUUCCCCCCUAUUCCCCCCACCACUUCCUCCUCCCACCUUCCGGCUAAUCAAAUGCAUUGAUAAAUCUUCAGUUUCUUUCUGCAUUGAUUUAAAUUAAACAGAUUUCCUCCAA